AUGUCACUCCAAGACCUAUCCAACGAACUACUAACUCGCAUUUUCGACUCCUGCGACACAAAAUCCAUCCAAAACUUCCGCCUCGCCUCCAACCAAAGACUCUGCAAAGUGGCCAACAGACAUCUCAUCCGAGAAUUGAGCAUCUACUACAAUUACGAAAGUCUCCAACUUCUCGAAACUCUUGCUGCCACAACCUCAACCCACCAGGAGGAGGAAUUCGCCAAAGGUAUCCGAGCGAUUUGGUUGCAGGCGAAUCGCUUCCACAGACUUUUAUCGUAUCAAGAAUGGAAUAUUAAGCGUCGAGAAAUGGAACGAGAGGAAGGAGACGCUGCUCUUUCUGACAUGUCGAUGACUACUGAUUCGCCCGCAAAGAUGCUAGAGGGCGGCGGGGAAAGUUCAAGGAUUAUUGGAGAGUCGGAGGUUGAAAGCAGUAGCAGCCAGGCUGAUCGGAUUGAUCAGGAGCAGUUGGACCGAGAGUAUGCUUAUUAUUCGGAAUUGUAUACGCAACAGUGCGCCCUGGACUCCAGUGAUACUUUACGCCAAAAGUCCGCGGCGUUGUUCAAAGUCUGCCCCAAAUUGAAGAGUGUAUGGGUUACGUCCGGUGACGCUGUCCGCAGGAAUACAACUGAAAGGAGCGCUGCCUUUCGUAGAGGAGUGGUACUUCCCCAUGGUAGCAAUGGACCAGACCACAGCAAAAGCAUCCACUGUUCCUCACAACUUCUACUCGGAGCCUUAGAUGCCGGAACCCACCUCGAGACCAUCGUCCUAGGAGAUGUAAAUUACCACUUCCUCGUCCAAGAUACAACCCUAAGGUCGAAUUUCGGAAAAAUGCUUCAGCAUGCAAAGCACUUUCAAUGGAACAUUGGUCAAAGCAUCUUUGACGAAACCCAACAAAUCGAUAACUUUGACGACGACGAGCUAGUUGAAAUGCACGCAAUCUUCAACCGCGGACACCUCUCAAAUUUCCUGGCCAAAGCCACUAAUCUCCAGACUUUGGUUAUCAAAUUUCCCUACAUUCCCUAUUACAUGCUCGACCACAUCGACUUGGGCAAAGCCAUGGGUGGUAGUGGUGGUGGACUUCACUUUCCCCUCCUCCGCUCCCUCACCCUCGGAUCAAUUUCCACAACACCAGAAGCUCUCGAGACGUUCCUCCUACGCCACAAGGCGACCCUCACCCGACUCCGUCUUUGUGACCUACGAAUUGAAGAGGAAGAACAAACAGGUUGGCAGACCUGCUUCUCAAAUCUAGGCGGCAAAUUUCCCUAUCUAGAACACAUGGCUUUACGGGGAGAAUUCCGCCAUGGGGAUACCGUCACUCAUACUUUCAGUCUAGGAACGGGGGAGCUGGCCGUCUAUCCUUUCUCGACGCGUAUGGAGAAGUUCAUGAUUACUGGUGGGGAAGCAGUGCCUGAGCCGUCUGAAGUCCUUGAUGAGGAAUAUAUUCUAUUGAGUCGUGAACGGUUUCUGGAUUUCGCGCCGGAGAUUCAGCCGGAGGGUCGAGACUUGAGUUGGAUUUUAUCUUGA